CUCAAAGGACAACUGAAUGUAUUUCUCCGUUUUGAGGCUUAGCUGUUAAGGCUCAAAGGAGAGACUUUGGGUGGUCUCUGGGAGCCAUGCUGUUGACAAUAGCAGCGUUGGCAUGGCAGGUCGGAGCUGCUCUGGAAUGUCCCAAGCCCGUGGAGAAAGCUCCAGUGACAUUUCCACAGGAGUUGCUGAAUGACUUUUCAGAUGAGCGAAUGUUCAGUGGUUACAUCAACGUGACGGACAGGGACUUCCUGUUCUAUUGGUUUGUCGAAGCCAAAGACACGCGGAGCAACGGCAAUGCCAACCCUCCGGUCAUUCUUUGGAGCAACGGUGGACCAGGUUGCACCUCAAUGGAAGGGGCAACAACAGAAAUCGGACCUUUACUCCUCAAGGGAGUGAAGACUGGAGAUGGAUAUUCAGGACGCUUGUCCUCAAACCCCUUCGCCUGGAAUCAUCGAGCUCACAUUAUUUUUGUAGACCAACCGCGAUAUGUUGGGUAUUCCACUGGCUCCGGCCCUUUUGUCCUCUCUUCAAAAGACGCUGCUGCAGACAUAGUGCAAUUUAUCCGAGGUUGGCGAAGACUUUUCCCACAAUUUGCUAGCUCCAAGUUCGUCCUUGCCACCGAGUCAUAUGGGGGUCAUUAUGUGCCAGCCUGGGCGGAAGCCAUUCUGGAAUUCAACAGAAAGACACCAUCUGAAGAAAUUUUAGUCGCCGGUGUUGUGCUGAGCAACACAUGCAUUGAUCAACGACUUCAAGGUUUCAGUGCUUUCAAGCGCUUUGCCAGAAAGCAGUCGCUAAUUCCGUCUAGUGCUCAUCCCAGCUCUAUGGCAUCUGCGCGGUUUCAAAUUUGCAACUACAAGAAAUACAUGCCCAAUACGUACGACUAUCGGAGAACAUCCGCCGGCUCUUGCUGCGGAUGCAUGGGAUACAACUACUCUAGCUUCGACAGGUGGUUCUCUUCGGCCAACGUGCGCAGAGCACUAAAUGUUUGUGGCAAUGCGGGCGAAGCGUCCUUUGGGGGAUGCGGUGCUGGGUGCAUCACCUUCCCCAAAUCCUUCGACGCUGGCGAAACUGUAGACAAUGUGGCGAUAAUUGCAAAGCUGUUGGAGCUGAAAAUUCAAGUUUUGAUGGUCUAUGGCAUGAAGGAUACCACAUGCAACUACGAAGGCGGCUAUGCUGUGGCAUCUGCCUUGAGAUGGAAGGAAGCAGAUCUUUGGGCAAAGUCAUCCCCGAAAGACCUCUUCCUGAACGGGGCGGUAGCUGGGAAAGUACAAUCUGGCGGAGGAUUGACGUGGAUGCAGAUUGAAGAAGCAGGGCACAUGAACCCUGCAGACAAUCCUCGGGCUGCUCUCUUCGCAUUCAACAAGCUCUUUGAUGAUUUGGAUCUAACGGAGUCAUCGUCGCACAAUGGCAUCUUUCAAACCAAGGAUGAGGAUUUCAUGCCAUCCCAAAGGAUUGGCAGGCAAGAUCCCGGUACAUGGCGGAUAACGACGUUGCUGCUGGGGCUCUUUUUCACUCUAGUUCUUCUCAUUGCUGUGGGUAGCAUUGUCUGGCGAGGUUUCGUUUUGGGACAACUCGACGUUGAGUGUGUAGACAGCAGAGAGCUGACAGAUAUGCUGACACAUGCCGAAUCCGAUGCAUUUUAAAUUGUACAUUUGAUCGCGAAACAAUAGGAUUAUUGAUUUUUGAUGAUUUUUGUGCAAAGCCUGCCCCUGUUACCCUGGCUGGGGAAGGGCCACUUGAGCAGGGAGACUAGCAUUUGGCCUGCAAACGUAGUCCAAAGAUGCCAUCCUUUACCUGUUGACAUUAUGAAUUGCAAGAAGUGUUC